CGUUUCCUCUUACGUCACCAGAAGAGGAUAAACACAGCUGUCAGAUGUUUUGCUGACAAAGAAGUCUGGAAAAAUGCAUUAUUUAGGACAGAUUCUGUAAUAUAUUAGUUAUGCGGAUGUAACAUUGCAGAUGUGAAGGUUUCAUAUGUUAUACGUAUUGUUGGGAAUAUUUGCUUUAUUUUUUAUUUAUUUGAUUCGGGACGCUGCAUUGAUAGCGGUUAGUUUAGUCUUGUGAUAAGUUCAAUGAGGAAGUUCUUUGCUCUCUGAAAUGUAUUCCUGCUAUUAGGUUUUUAUGUCCAUAUAACUUAAAUACAUAACAGAUAUAUAUACUACUAUAUACACGUUAUAGUGUACUGGCAUCUUUGUUAGCCAUGGCUUCUUCGUUUAAAAUCGGGGAGAGGUUUCAUGAGAAGGUGAAAGGUUUAUUGGAGGGAGAGUCUUCCAUAUCUGCAGAUCUCAGGGAAGAACUGGAGGCUGUGAAAGAGCAGUCCAUACCAUUCAAGACUGUGAGAAAACUCCAUAAACUUCUUCAAGAAAAUGGACAUCCAGUGUACCUUCAUGAACUGCUUGAGGACAGCACACUUUAUCUUCCAGAGGUCAUAACACCCCCAAGGAACCCCCAGCUGGUGGCCCGUCUAGAAAAAAUUAAAGCAAAACUUGCCAAUGAAGAAUAUAGGAGAAUUACACGGAAUGUAAAUCCACAGGAAAUUAAUCAGCAUGAAACCUUAGCAGACUUUGGAAGACAAGUGCGUUCUGUCAAGGCAGUUGUCGUUACCGUGUUCAACUUCCUGGUAACUGUAGUUGCUGCAUUUGCUUGUUCAUAUCUGGGCAGCCAGUAUAUAUUCACUGAGACAGCUGCGAGAGUAAUAUCUGCAGUGAUUGCAGCUUCUGUUGUUGGGCUAGCAGAGCUUUAUGUUCUAGUUCGGACUAUGGAAGGAGACCUUGGAGAGCCCUAACAUCAGAUAGCAACUAAUUUGAUCAAACUUAUCCAUGUCUUGUUAUGUCAAUGAUGUUAUGUCUGUCAAUGGAGGUGUGUGAUUAUUUUUAUAUGCUUAGUUUUUUCUGUUCUGUCAGUAUUGCAUCAGUAUCAGAACAUUUAGGUUCAGUGCUUAAAAGUAGAUCAGUUUUGGUCCAGCAUUAAAUUAUUUUACAAUGGUGAAUCCCUUUAAUCAAACUAGUCAGUCUUUUGGAAACCAGUUCUUUGAUCUCAAGACACUGGAAGGUACAUUAUGAGCGUAAUGUGUUGUUUUCCACAUGUCUGCCAUGCACGUUAGCCUUUAUGUGUUUUUGUCACCUCCACAGAAGUGCUGAACAUUCUUCAUUUUAUUUUGCAUAAAUAAAGGACAUGAUUGUAAAUUACCAAACAACUGUGCUUUGAUGUUUAUUGUAAUUAUUGACUCACAAGUACUGUGGGAAAUUAAGUAAUCAUUUUCAAAAUAUAUAAAAGCAAAUGUAAAAAGCAGACUUGAGUCAAAAUAAAAAUAAACAUGCAAUGUCACACUCCCUGGUGGUGUGUAACCAUUGUUCGGGUUUUUCAGCAUUUCUAUUAAUAAUGCAGAUCCAGUGCUUCAAUUCUUUGCAAACACACUUAUUAUUGCACUGUAUGUCCUGCGCAUGCACCUGUGUAUUUUAGGCUUUGGCAAAGCACAGAUUGAGGAUAAAAGACAACCAGAAACUUGUGGCAAUCCAGAACAUGCUGGCAUGUGAAAACAUGCUUUUAUGUCACUGAAAAUGGAGUUGAAAUAGAAAAAAAUGUCUAAUGAAAAUGUUGAGAACAAACUAUAUACUGUACCUUAUUUCUAUUUCUGUCUAGCUUUAAUUGGUAAACACAUAUGAAAUACACUAUUAGAUUUAUACUGUAAAUCUCUGUUUUUGCAGUCUAUAAAAUGGCUCCGUAAUCUGAAACUUCCUUCAAGUUGUGUUGCCUUUGUUAAUAAAUUAGAGCCCACAAUAAUAAUAAUAAAAAAAAAAGCCAUACACAAAAAGUCAUGUCAUUCUCAAAGUAUUGUAUAAAUAGGUGACAUUUUCAUAAUUAAAAUGCUAAAAUAGAAGCAUCAUGCUUGAAAUGACAGAAAAUUACAUGGCUAUGCCAGUUUUCAUGGACAUUUUGUAACCCUAAAAAACCAUUAUGACUAUAGCAUAGUUCAAUUUAGUCCAAUAGGGGACAGUGCAGCAUUGUCAGAUGG